AUGAAGGUGAGCAGCUUUCCAUCACCCCGCCCCAUUCUCCCGCUUUCCAUCACCCCGCCCCAUUCUCCCGCUUUCCAUCACCCCGCCCCAUUCUCCCUCCUUCCAUCACCCCGCCCCAUUCUCCCUCCUUCCAUCACCCCGCCCCAUUCUCCCUCCUUCCAUCACCCCGCCCCAAUCUCCCGCUUUCCAUCACCCCGCCCCAUUCUCCCGCUUGCCAUCACCCCGUCCCAUUCUCCCGCUUUCCAUCACCCCGCCCCAUUCUCCCGCUUUCCAUCACUCCGCCCCAUUCUCCCGUUUUGCAUCACCCCGGCCCAUUCUCCCUCCUUCCAUCACCCCGCCCCAUUCUCCCUCCUUCCAUCACCCCGCCCCAUUCUCCCGCUUUCCAUCACCCCGCCCCAUUCUCCCGCUUUCCAUCACCCCGCCCCAUUCUCCCGCUUUCCAUCACCCCGCCCCAUUCUCCCGCUUUCCAUCGCCCCGCCCCAUUCUCCCGCUUUCCAUCACCCCGCCCCAUUCUCCCGCUUUCCAUCACCCCGCCCCAUUCUCCCUCCUUCCAUCACCCCGCCCCAUUCUCCCUCCUUCCAUCACCCCGCCCCAUUCUCCCUCCUUCCAUCACCCCGCCCCAUUCUCCCUCCUUCCAUCACCCCGCCCCAAUCUCCCGCUUUCCAUCACCCCGCCCCAUUCUCCCGCUUGCCAUCACCCCGCCCCAUUCUCCCGCUUUCCAUCACCCCGCCCCAUUCUCCCGCUUUGCAUCACCCCGCCCCAUUCUCCCUCCUUCCAUCACCCCGCCCCAUUCUCCCUCCUUCCAUCACCCCGCCCCAUUCUCCCGCUUUCCAUCACCCCGCCCCAUUCUCCCGCUUUCCAUCACCCCGCCCCAUUCUCCCGCUUUCCAUCACCCCGCCCCAUUCUCCCGCUUGCCAUCACCCCGCCCCAUUCUCCUGCUUUCCAUCACCCCGCCCGAUUCUCCUGCUUUCCAUCACCCCACCCCAUUCUCCCGCUUUCCAUGACCCUGCCCCAUUCUCCCGCUUUCCAUCACCCCGCCCCAUUCUCCCGCUUUCCAUCACCCUGCCCCAUUCUCCCUCCUUCUAUCACCCCACCCCAUUCUCCCUCCUUCCAUCACCCCGCCCCAUUCUCCCGCUUUCCAUCACCCCGCCCCAUUCUCCCGCUUUCCAUCACCCCGCCCCAUUCUCCCGCUUUCCAUCACCCCGCCCCAUUCUCCUGCUUUCCAUCACCCCGCCCCAUUCUCCCGCUUUCCAUCACCCCGCCCCAUUCUCCCGCUUUCCAUCACCCCGCCCCAUUCUCCCGCUUUCCAUCACCCCGCCCCAUUCUCCCGCUUUGCAUCACCCCGCCCCACUCUCCCUCCUUCCACCACACCGCCCCAUUCUCCCUCCUUCCAACACCCCGCCACAUUCUCCCUCCUUUCAUCACCCCGCACCAUUCUCCCGCUUUCCAUCACCAGGCCCCAUUCUCCCUCCUUCCAUCACCCCGCCCGAUUCUCCAGCUUGCCAUCACCCCGCCCCAUUCUCCCACUUUCCAUCACCCCGCCGCAUUCUCCCGCUUUCCAUCACCCCGCCCCAUUCUCCCGCUUCCCAUCACCCCGCCCCAUUCUACCGCUUUCCAUCACCCCGCCCCAUUCUCCCGCUUUCCAUCACCCCGCCCCAUUCUCCCACUUUCCAUCAACCCGGCCCAUCCUCCCUCCUUCCAUCACCCUGCCCCAUUCUCCCGCUUUCCAGCACCCCGCCCCAUUCUCCCUCUAUCCAUCACCCCGCCCCAUUCUCCCGCUUCCCAUCACCCCGCCCCAUUCUCCCGCUUUCCAUCACCCCGCCCCACUCUCCCGCUUUCCAUCAUCCCGCCCCAUUCUUCCUCCUUCCAUCACCCCGCCCCAUUGUCCCUCCUUCCAUCGCCCCGCCCCAUUCUCCCGCUUUCCAUCACCCCGCCCCAUUCUCUCGCUUUCCGUCACCUCGCCCCAUUCUCCCGCUUUCCAUCACCCCGCCCCAUUCUCCCGCUUUCCAUCACCCCGCCCCAUUCUCCCGCUUUCCAUCACCCCGCCCCAUUCUCCCUCCUUCCAUCACCCCGCCCCACUCUCCCUCCUUCCAUCACCCCGCCCCAUUCUCCCUCCUUCCAUCACCCCGCCCCAAUCUCCCGCUUUCCAUCACCCCGCCCCAUUCUCCCGCUUGCCAUCACCCCGCCCCAUUCUCCCGCUUUCCAUCACCCCGCCCCAUUCUCCCGCUUUCCAUCACUCCGCCCCAUUCUCCCGUUUUGCAUCACCCCGGCCCAUUCUCCCUCCUUCCAUCACCCCGCCCCAUUCUCCCUCCUUCCAUCACCCCACCCCAUUCUCCCGCUUUCCAUCACCCCGCCCCAUUCUCCCGCUUUCCAUCACCCGCCCCAUUCUCCUGCUUUCCAUCACCCCGCCCCAUUCUCCCGCUUUCCAUCACCCCGCCCCAUUCUCCCUCCUUCCAUCACCCCGCCCCAUUCUCCCGCUUUCCAUCACCCCGCCCCAUUCUCCCGCUUUCCAUCGCCCCGCCCCAUUCUCCCUCCUUCCAUCACCCCACCCCAUUCUCCCUCCUUCCAUCACCCCGCCCCAUUCUCCCGCUUUCCAUCACCCCGCCCCAUUCUCCCGCAUUCCAUCACCCCGCCCCAUUCUCCCGCUUGCCAUCACCCGCCCCAUUCUCCUGCUUUCCAUCACCCCGCCCCAUUCUCCCGCUUUCCAUCACCCCGCCCCAUUCUCCCUCCUUCCAUCACCCCGCCCCAUUCUCCCGCUUUCCAUCACCCCGCCCCAUUCUCCCGCUUUCCAUCGCCCCGCCCCAUUCUCCCUCCUUCCAUCACCCCGCCCCAUUCUCCCGCUUUCCAUCACCCCGCCCCAUUCUCCCGCUUUCCAUCGCCCCGCCCCAUUCUCCCGCUUUCCAUCACCCCGCCCCAUUCUCCCUCCUUCCAUCACCCCGCCCCAUUGUCCCUCCUUCCAUCGCCCCGCCCCAUUCUCCCGCUUUCCAUCACCCCGCCCCAUUCUCCCGCUUUCCAUCACCCCGCCCCAUUCUCCCGCUUUCCAUCACCCCGCCCCAUUCUCCCGCUUUCCAUCACCCCGCCCCAUUCUCCCGCUUUCCAUCACCCCGCCCCAUUCUCCCGCUUUCCAUCACCCCGCCCCAUUCUCCCGCUUUCCAUCACCCCGUCCCAUUCUCCCGCUUUCCAUCACCCCGCCCCAUUCUCCCGCUUUCCAUCGCCCCGCCCCAUUCUCCCGCUUUCCAUCACCCCGCCCCAUUCUCCCUCCUUCCAUCGCCCCGCCCCAUUCUCCCGCUUUCCAUCACCCCGCCCCAUUCUCCCGCUUUCCAUCACCCCGCCCCAUUCUCCCGCUUUCCAUCACCCCGCCCCAUUCUCCCUCCUUCCAUCACCCCGUCCCAUUCUCCCUCCUUCCAUCACCCCGCCCCAUUCUCCCACUUUCCAUCACCCCGCCCCAUUCUCCCGCUUUCCAUCGCCCCGCCCCAUUCUCCCGCUUUCCAUCACCCCGCCCCAUUCUCCCUCCUUCCAUCACCCCGCCCCAUUGUCCCUCCUUCUAUCGCCCCGCCCCAUUCUCCCGCUUUCCAUCACCCCGCCCCAUUCUCCCGCUUUCCAUCACCCCGCCCCAUUCUCCCGCUUUCCAUCACCCCGCCCCAUUCUCCCGCUUUCCAUCACCCCGCCCCAUUCUCCCGCUUUCCAUCACCCCGCCCUCCCGCUUUCCAUCACCCCGCCCCAUUCUCCCGCUUUCCAUCACCCCGCCCCAUUCUCCCGCUUUCCAUCACCCCGCCCCAUUCUCCCGCUUGCCAUCAUGCCACCCCAUUCUCCCGCUUUCCAUCACCCCGCCCCAUUCUCCCGCAUUCCAUCACACCGCCCCAUUCUCUCGCUUGCCAUCACCCGCCCCAUUCUUCUGCUUUCCAUCACCCUGCCCCAUUCUCCCGCUUUCCAUCACCCCGCCCCAUUCUCCCUCCUUCCAUCACCCGCCCCAUUCUCCCUCCUUCCAUCACCCCGCCCCAUUCUCCCGCUUUCCAUCACCCCGCCCCAAUCUCCCGCUUUCCAUCACCCCGCCCCAUUCUCCCGCUUUCCAUCACCCCGCCCCAUUCUCCCGCUUUCCAUCACCCCGCCCCAUUCUCCCUCCUUCCAUCACCCCGCCCCAUUCUCCCGCUUUCCAUCACCCCGCCCCAUUCUCCCUCCUUCCAUCACCCCGCCCCAAUCUCCCGCUAUCCAUCACCCCGCCCCAUUCUCCCGCUUUCCAUCACCCCGCCCCAUUCUCCCUCCUUCCAUCACCCCGCCCCAUUCUCCCUCCUUCCAUCACCCACCCCAUUCUCCUGCUUUCCAUCACCCCGCCCCAUUCUCCCGCUUUCCAUCACCCCGCCCCUAUCUCCCUCCUUCCAUGACCCGCCCCAUUCUCCCUCCUUCCAUCACCCCGCCCCAUUCUCCCGCUUUCCAUCACCCCGCCCCAUUCUCCCGCUUUCCAUCACCCCGCCCCAAUCUCCCGCUUUCCAUCACCCCGCCCCAUUCUCCCGCUUUCCAUCACCCCGCCCCAUUCUCCCGCUUGCCAUCACCCCGCCCCAUUCUCCCGCUUGCCAUCACCCCGCCCCAUUCUCCCGCUUUCCAUCACCCUGCCCCAUUCUCCCUCCUUCCAUCACCCCGCCCCAUUCUCCCACCUUCCAUCACCCCGCCCCAUUCUACCGCUUUCCAUCACCCCGCCCCAUUCUCCCGCUUUCCAUCACCCCGCCCCAUUCUCCCGCUUUCCAUCACCCCGCCCCAUUCUCCUGCUUUCCAUCACCCCGCCCCAUUCUCCCGCUUUCCAUCACCCCGCCCCAUUCUCCCGCUUUCCAUCACCCCGACCCAUUCUCCCGCUUUCCAUCACCCCGCCCCAUUCUCCCGCUUUGCAUGACCCCGCCCCAUUCUCCCUCCUUCCACCACACCGCACAAUUCUCCCUCCUUCCAACACCCCGCCCCAUUCUCCCGCUUUCCAUCACCAGGCCCCAUUCUCCCUCCUUCCAUCACCCCGCCCGAUUCUCCCGCUUGCCAUCACCCCGCCCCAUUCUCCCACUUUCCAUCACCCCGCCCCAUUCUCCCGCUUUCCAUCACCCCGCCCCAUUCUCCCGCUUCCCAUCACCCCGCCCCAUUCUACCGCUUUCCAUCACCCCGCCCCAUUCUCCCGCUUUCCAUCACCCCGCCCCAUUCUCCCACUUUCCAUCACCCCGGCCCAUCCUCCCUCCUUCCAUCACCCCGCCCCAUUCUCCCGCUUUCCAGCACCCCGCCCCAUUCUCCCUCUUUCCAUCACCCCGCCCCAUUCUCCCUCUUUCCAUCACCCCGCCCCAUUCUCCCGCUUCCCAUCACCCCGCCCCAUUCUCCCGCUUUCCAUCACCCCGCCCCACUCUCCUGCUUUCCAUCACCCCGCCCCAUUCUCCCGCUUUUCAGCACCCCGCCCCAUUCUCCCUCUUUCCAUCACCCCGCCCCAUUCUCCCGCUUCCAUCACUCCGCCCCAUUCUCCCGCUUUCCAUCACCCCGCCCCAUUCUCCCUCUUUCCAUCACCCCGCCCCAUUCUCCCGCGUUCCAUCACCCCGCCACACUCUCCCUCUUUCCAUCACCCCGCCCCAUUCUCCCGCUUUCCAUCACCCCGCUCCGUUCUCCCGCUUUCCAUCACCCCGCCUCAUUCUCCCGCUUUCCAUCACCCCGCCCCGUUCUCCCGCUUUCUAUCACCCCGCCCCAUCCUCCCUCCUUCCAUCACCCAGCCCCAUUCUCCCGAUUUCCAUCACCCCGCCCCGUUCUCCCUCUUUCCAUCACCCCGCCCCAUUCUCCCGCUUUCCAUCACCCCGCCCCAUUUUCCCGCUUUCCAGCACCCCUCCCCAGUCUCCGUCUUUCCAUCACCCCGCGCGAUUCUCUCGCUUUCCAUCACCCCGCCCCAUUCUCCCGCUUCCCAUCACUCCGCCCCAUUCUCCCGCUUUCCAUCACCCCGCCCCAAUCUCCCGCUAUCCAUCACCCCGCCUUAUUCUCCCGCUUUCCAUCACCCCGCCCCAUUCUCCCUCGUUCCAUCACUCUGCCCCAUUUUCCCGCUUCCAUCACCCCGCCCCAUUCUCACGCUUUCCAUCACCCCGCCCCAUCCUCCCGCUUUCCAUCACCCCGCCCCAUUCUCCCGCUUUCCAUCACCCCGCCCCGUUCUCCCUCCUUCCAUCACCCCGCCCCAUCCUCCCUCCUUCAAUCAACCCGCCCUAUUCUCCCGCUUUCCAUCACCCCGCCCCAUUCUCCCGCUAUCCAUCACCCCGCCUUAUUCUUCCGCUUUCAAUCACCGCCCCCCAUUCUCCUGCGUUCCAUCACUCCGCGCCAUUCUCCCGCUUCCAUCACCCCGCCCCAUUCUCCCACUUUCCAUCACCCCGCCCCAUCCUCCCUCCUUCCAUCACCCCGCCCUAUUCUCGCGCUUUCCAUCACCCCGCCCCAUUCUCCCGCUUUCCAUCACCCCGCCCCAUUCUCCCGCUUUCCAUCACCCCGCCCCAUUCUCCUGCUUUCAUCACCCCGCCCCAUUCACCCGCUUUCCAUCACCCCACCCCAUUCUCCCGCUUUCCAUCACCCCGCCCCAUUCUCCCGCUUUCCAUCACCCCGCCCCAUUCUCCCGCUUUCCAUCACCCCGCCCCAUUCCCCCGCUUUCCAUCACCCCGCCCCAUUCUCCCGCUUUCCAUCACCCCGCCCCAUUCUCCCGCUUUCCAUCACCCUGCCACAUUCUCCCGCUUUCCAUCACCUCGCCCCAUUCUCCCGCUUUCCAUCACCCCGCCCCAUUCUCCCGCUUUCCAUCACCCCGCCCCAUUCUCCCGCGUUCCAUCACUCCGCCGCAUUCUCCCGCUUUCCAUCACCCUGCCCCAUUCUCCCGCUUUCCAUCACCCCGCCCGAUUCUCCCGCUUUCCAUCACCCCGCCCCAUUCUCCCGCUUUCCAUCACCCCGCCCCAUUCUCCCGCUUUCCAUCACCCCGCCCCAUUCUCCCGCUUUCCAUCACCCCGCCCCAUUCUCCCGCUUUCCAUCACCCCGCCCCAUUCUCCCGCUUUCCAUCACCCCGCCGCAUUCUCCCGCUUUCCAUCACCCUGCCCCAUUCUCCCGCUUUCCAUCACCUCGCCCCAUUCUCCCGCUUUCCAUCACCCCGCCCCAUUCUCCCGCUUUCCAUCACCCCGCCCCAAUCUCGUGCUUUCCAUCACUCCGCCCAAUUCUCCCGCCUUCCAUCACCCCGCCCCAUUCUCCAGCUUUCCAUCACCCCGCCCCAUUCUCCGGCUUUCCAUCACCCCGCCCCAUUCUCCCGCUUUCCAUCACCCCGCCCCAUUCUCCCGCUUUCGAUCACUCCGCCCCAUUCUCCCGCUUUCCAUCACCCCGCCCCAUUCUCCCGCUUUCCAUCACUCCGCCCUUUUCUCUCGCUUUCCAUCACCCCGCCCCAUUCUCCCGCUUUCCAUCACCCCGCCCCAUUCUCCCGCUUUCCAUCACCCCGCCCCAUUCUCACUCCUUCCAUCACCCCGCCCCAUUCUCCCUCCUUCCAUCACCCCGCCCCAUUCUCCCGCUUUCCAUCACCCCGCCCCAUUCUCCCGCUUUCCAUCACCCCGCCCCAUUCUCCCGCUUUCCAUCACCCCGCCCCAUUCUCCCGCUUUCCAUCACCCCACCCCAUUCUCCCGCUUUCGAUCACCCCGCCCCAUUCUCCCGCUUUCCAUCACCCCGCCCCGUUCUCCCGGUUUCCAUCACCCCGCCCCAUUCUCCCGCUUUCCAUCACCCCGCCCCAUUCUCCCGUUUUGCAUCACCCCGCCCCAUUCUCCCGUUUUCCAUCACCCCGCCCCAUUCUCCCUCCUUCCAUCACCCCGCCCCAUUCUCCCUCCUUCCAUCACCCCGCCCCAUUCUCCCGCUUUCCAUCACCCCGCCCCAUUCUCCCUCCUUCCAUCACCCCGCCCCAUUCUCCCGCUUUCCAUCACCCCGCCCCAUUCUCCCGCUUUCCAUCACCCCGCCCCAUUCUCCCUCCUUCCAUCACCCCGCCCCAUUCUCCCGCUUUCCAUCACCCCGCCCCAUUCUCCCUCCUUCCAUCACCCCGCCCCAUUCUCUCGCUUUCCAUCACCCCGCCCCAGUCUCCCGCUUUCCAUCACCCCGCCCCAUUCUUCCACUUUCCAUCACCCCGCCCCAUUCUCCCGCGUUCCAUCACCCCGCCCCAUUCUCCCGCUUUCCAUCACCCCACCCCAUUCUCCCGCUUUCCAUCACCCCGCCCCAUUCUCCCGCUUUCCAUCACCCCGCCCCAUUCUCCCGCUUUCCAUCACCCCGCCCCAUUCUCCCGCUUUCCAUCACCCCGCCCCAUUCUCCCGCGUUCCAUCACCCCGCCCCAUUCUCCCGCUUUCCAUCACCCCACCCCAUUCUCCCGCUUUCCAUCACCCCGCCCCAUUCUCCCGCUUUCCAUCACCCCGCCCCAUUCUCCCGCUUUCCAUCACCCCGCCCCAUUCUCCCGCGUUCCAUCACCCCGCCCCAUUCUCCUGCUUUCCAUCACCCCGCCCCUUUCUCCCGCUUUCCAUCACCCCGCCCCAUUCUCCCAUCACCCCGCCCCAUUCUCCCGCUUUCCAUCACCCCGCCCCAAUCUCGUGCUUUCCAUCACUCCGCCCAAUUCUCCCGCCUUCCAUCACCCCGCCCCAUUCUCCAGCUUUCCAUCACCCCGCCCCAUUCUCCGGCUUUCCAUCACCCCGCCCCAUUCUCCCGCUUUCCAUCACCCCGCCCCAUUCUCCCGCUUUCCAUCACCCCGCUCCAUUCUCCCGCUUUCCAUCACCCCGCCCCAUUCUCCUGCUUUCCAUCACCCCGCCCCCGCCCCAUUCUCCCGCUUUCCAUCACCCCGCCCCAUUCUCCCGCUUUCCAUCACCCCGCCCCAUUCUCCUGCUUUCCAUCACCCCGCCCCAUUCUCCCGCUUUCCAUCACCCUGCCCCAUUCUCCUGCUUUCCAUCACCCCGCCCCAUUCUCCCUCCUUCCAUCACCCCGCCCCGUUCUCCCGCUUUCCAUCACCCCGCCCCAUUCUCCUGCUUUCCAUCACCCCGCCCCAUUCUCCCGCUUUCCAUCAACCCCGCCCCAUUCUCCCGCUUUCCAUCACCCCGCCCCAUUCUCCCGCUUUCCAUCACCCCGCCCCGUUCUCCCUCCUUCCAUCACCCCACCCCAUUGUCCCGCUUUCCAUUACCCCGCCCCAUUCUCCCGCUUUCCAUCACCCCGCCCCAUUCUCCCGCUUUCCAUCACCCCGCCCCAUUCUCCCGCUUUCCAUCACCCCGCCCCAUUCUCCCGCUUUCCAUCACCCCGCCCCAUUCUCCCGCUUUCCAUCACCCCGCCCCAUUCUCCCGCUUUCCAUCACCCCGCCCCAUUCUCCCGCGUUCCAUCACCCCGCCCCAUUCUCCUGCUUUCCAUCACCCCGCCCCUUUCUCCCGCUUUCCAUCACCCCGCCCCAUUCUCCCAUCACCCCGCCCCAUUCUCCCGCUUUCCAUCACCCCGCCCCGUUCUCCCUCCUUCCAUCACCCCGCCCCAUUCUCCCGCUUUCCAUCACCCUGCCCCAUUCUCACGCUUUCCAUCACCCCGCCCCAUUCUCCCUCCUUCCAUCACCCCGCCCCAUUCUCCCUCCUUCCAUCACCCCGCCCCAUUCUCCUGCUUUCCAUCACCCCGCCCCAUUCUCCCGCUUUCCAUCACCCCGCCCCAUUCUCCCGCUUUCCAUCACCCCGCCCCAUUCUCCCGCUUUCCAUCACCCCGCCCCAUUCUCCCGCUUUCCAUCACCCCGCCCCAUUCUCCCGCUUUCCAUCACCCCGCCCCAUUCUCCCGCUUUCCAUCACCCCGCCCCAUUCUCCCGCUUUCCAUCACCCCGCCCCAUUCUCCCGCUUUCCAUCACCCCGCCCCAUUCUCCCGCUUUCCAUCACCCCGCCCCAUUCUCCCGCUUUCCAUCACCCCGCCCCAUUCUCCCGCUUUCCAUCACCCCGCCCCAUUCUCCAGCUUUCCAUCACCCCGCCCCAUUCUCCGGCUUUCCAUCACCCCGCCCCAUUCUCCCGCUUUCCAUCACCCCGCCCCAUUCUCCCGCUUUCCAUCACCCCGCUCCAUUCUCCCGCUUUCCAUCACCCCGCCCCAUUCUCCUGCUUUCCAUCACCCCGCCCCCGCCCCAUUCUCCCGCUUUCCAUCACCCCGCCCCAUUCUCCCGCUUUCCAUCACCCCGCCCCAUUCUCCUGCUUUCCAUCACCCCGCCCCAUUCUCCCGCUUUCCAUCACCCUGCCCCAUUCUCCUGCUUUCCAUCACCCCGCCCCAUUCUCCCUCCUUCCAUCACCCCGCCCCGUUCUCCCGCUUUCCAUCACCCCGCCCCAUUCUCCUGCUUUCCAUCACCCCGCCCCAUUCUCCCGCUUUCCAUCACCCCGCCCCAUUCUCCCGCUUUCCAUCACCCCGCCCCAUUCUCCCGCUUUCCAUCACCCCGCCCCGUUCUCCCUCCUUCCAUCACCCCACCCCAUUGUCCCGCUUUCCAUUACCCCGCCCCAUUCUCCCGCUUUCCAUCACCCCGCCCCAUUCUCCCGCUUUCCAUCACCCCGCCCCAUUCUCCCGCUUUCCAUCACCCCGCCCCAUUCUCCCGCUUUCCAUCACCCCGCCCCAUUCUCCCGCUUUCCAUCACCCCGCCCCAUUCUCCCGCUUUCCAUCACCCCGCCCCAUUCUCCCGCGUUCCAUCACCCCGCCCCAUUCUCCUGCUUUCCAUCACCCCGCCCCUUUCUCCCGCUUUCCAUCACCCCGCCCCAUUCUCCCAUCACCCCGCCCCAUUCUCCCGCUUUCCAUCACCCCGCCCCGUUCUCCCUCCUUCCAUCACCCCGCCCCAUUCUCCCGCUUUCCAUCACCCUGCCCCAUUCUCACGCUUUCCAUCACCCCGCCCCAUUCUCCCUCCUUCCAUCACCCCGCCCCAUUCUCCCUCCUUCCAUCACCCCGCCCCAUUCUCCUGCUUUCCAUCACCCCGCCCCAUUCUCCCGCUUUCCAUCACCCCGCCCCAUUCUCCCGCUUUCCAUCACCCCGCCCCAUUCUCCCGCUUUCCAUCACCCCGCCCCAUUCUCCCGCUUUCCAUCACCCCGCCCCAUUCUCCCGCUUUCCAUCACCCCGCCCCAUUCUCCCGCUUUCCAUCACCCCGCCCCAUUCUCCCGCUUUCCAUCACCCCGCCCCAUUCUCCCGCUUUCCAUCACCCCGCCCCAUUCUCCCGCUUUCCAUCACCCCGCCCCAUUCUCCCGCUUUCCAUCACCCCGCCCCAUUCUCCCGCUUUCCAUCACCCCGCCCCAUUCUCCCGCUUUCCAUCACCCCGCCCCAUUCUCCCGCUUUCCAUCACCCCGCCCCAUUCUCCCGCUUUCCAUCACCCCGCCCCAUUCUCCCGCUUUCCAUCACCCCAACCCAUUCUCCCGCUUUCGAUCACCCCGCCCCAUUCUCCCGCUUUCCAUCACCCCGCCCCAUUCCCCCGCUUUCCAUCACCCCGCCCCAUUCUCCCGCUUUCCAUCACCCCGCCCCAUUCUCCCGUUUUCCAUCACCCCGCCCCAUUCUCCCGUUUUCCAUCACCCUGCCCCAUUCUCCCUCCUUCCAUCACCCCGCCCCAUUCUCCCGCUUUCCAUCACCCCGCCCCAUUCUCCCGCUUUCCAUCACCCCGCCCCAUUCUCCCUCCUUCCAUCACCCCGCCCCAUUCUUCCCCUUUCCAUCACCCCGCCCCAUUCUCCCGCUUUCCAUCACCCCGCCCCAUUCUCCCUCCUUCCAUCACCCCGCCCCAUUCUCCCGCUUUCCAUCACCCGCCCCAUUUUCCCUCCUUCCAUCACCCCGCCCCAUUCUCCCUCCUUCCAUCACCCCGCCCCAUUCUCCCUCCUUCCAUCACCCCGCCCCAUUCUCCCGCUUUCCAUCUUCCCGCCCCAUUCUCCUGCUUUCCAUCUACCCGCCCCAUUCUCCUGCUUUCCAUCACCCCGCCCCAUUCUCCCGCUUUCCAUCACCCUGUCCCAUUCUCCCGCUUUCCAUCACCCCGCCCCAUUCUCCCGCUUUCCAUCACCCCGCCCCAUUCUCCCUCCUUCCAUCACCCGGCCCCAUUCUCCCUCUUUCCAUCACCCGGCCCCAUUCUCCCUCCUUCCAUCACCGCGCCCCAUUCUCCCGCUUUCUAUCACCCCGCCCCAUUCUCCCGCUUUCCAUCAACCCGCCCCAUUCUCCCUCCUUCCAUCACCCCGACCCAUUCUCCCGCUUUCCAUCACCCCGCCCCAUUCUCCCGCGGGAAGAUGGAAAGCGGGAGAAUGGGGCGGGGUGAUGGAAAGCGGGAGAAUGGGGCGGGGUGAUGGAAAGCGGGAGAAUGGGUCGGGGUGA